UAAUUUAGUUUUGAUACUAGCUUUUAGUUUUAGAUAUUCAAGUUUGAUCUUUGUUUGAUUCUAGGAAGGUUGGUUUCGGAUAGCUGAGAAUAUGGGAUUUCAGUGCCUAAAGAUUGAGAGCAAAGAUCCUCGGCUAGAUGGGAUAGACUCACUUUCUGGAACUGAAAUCCCCCUACACUAUGUCUGUAGAUUGUCCACUCAUGCUAUCCACUUGGUAGUCUUUCAUGAGAGGAGUGGCAACUACCUCUGGCAUGGCCAUCUACGACUCAAAGGACACAUCGACAGGAAAUUUGUUCCUUUUCGAAAGCUACACUUCGGUCGUUAUCCUGGAGCUUUUGACAGGCCAGAGUUACAGCAAGUUGCUGUUGAUGGACUAGAAGUUCUCAUUCCAAAAAAUCCAGUGCACUUUCUAGAAGAAAUACCACACUCUCGAUUUAUUGAGUGUAGGUAUAAAGAAGCUCGAGCAUUCUUUCAGCAGUACCUUGAUGAUAACACUGUGGAAGCUAUGUCCUUUCGGAAGAGUGCAAAGGAAUUACUUCAGCUAGCAGCCAGGACUUUAAAGAAAUUGGGAGUGCGAUUUUGGCUGAGCAGUGGAACUUGUCUAGGUACAGUUCUUAUUACUUUAUACUUGUUGUCUUGUCAUUUCAUCCCUUUUAGUUUUAGAGAUGAAUGCUUGAUAUUAGAGAGU